AUGCUCGGGACUUCAGCGCAAAACGCCUCGGGAACGGCGUCAAACACCCAAACCACUUCCCAAGAGCGGGGUGGCCUACCAUUGACAGGCACUCUAAGGCUAAGGGGAGAAGCAGAAGAGCAAAGUAACGAGCCGCCGGUACAAGAGAGACGUAUAAAAUGGGCAGAGGAUGUUGUCGACAACGAAGGUCAGGGCAGGAAACGCUCAAAAGUCUGUUGUAUCUAUCAUAAGCCACGACCCGCGGGCGAAAGUAGCUCUGAAUCAGAGUCGUCGGACUCAGAUUUCGAUGAUGACUCUUCCGACGACGACGGACGAUCAGACAAGGCGCAUUCUCACAAGGGAUCCGGAUGCUCAGACCACCAGAAACGCAAACCAAGGCCAAACGCUUAUGAACGGAUUCCGAAGAAUAAGAAAUAG